AAUGAGACUCAUCGACUGUUGUAAGAGUCCUUUUCGGAUGGAGGAAUUCAUGACACCCCCUGAAGAACCUUUCGCCAUACUGUCCCACACAUGGCAGGAUGAAGAAAUAACAUUCCAAGACUUUGCGGACGAUGCCUUGCGCACCUCAAGGAAAGGUUGGGGAAAAGUCCAGAGAACAUGUCUGGAAGCUCAGCAGCUCGGAUAUAGAUAUGUUUGGAUUGACUCUUGUUGCAUCGAUAAGACGAGCAGUGCCGAAUUGACGGAGUCUAUCAACUCCAUGUUCCAGUGGUACAGCGAUGCUGAUACCUGUCUCGUCUACCUUUUCGAUUUUCAUUCGAGCGUUAGUGGCACCAGCAUGUUGAGUAGCGCCCGCUGGUUUUCCCGGGGAUGGACCUUACAGGAAUUAGUGGCUGCAAAGAAGGUCAGGUUCUAUGAUGUCUCCUGGCAGUUCUUUGGUACAAGAGAAACCUUGCAUAAUGAGCUGGUACACAUUACCCACAUCAGUCCAGAGGUCCUUUCGCCACCCCCGAACAUCCAGGUUCGAGAUUUGUUAGAUGCCAUCCCAAUCGCCAAGCGCAUGUCUUGGGCGACAAACCGAUUUACCAAAAAGCCCGAGGACAUAGCUUACUGUUUGAUUGGACUAUUCGAUGUCAACAUGCCUCUUCUGUACGGCGAAGGGGCACAGAAAGCCUUUGUUCGGCUCCAAGAAGAGAUCAUCCGCGACAACAACGACCUAAGCAUCUUCGCAUGGAAGUCGCGCGAUGAAGAUUCCAGAACACUCCGAGGUAUCUUUGCAAACAGUCCCUCUGAGUUCUACGAUGCGCAAAAUCUGAUACUUGAUCACGAUGUAAAGUUCAAUCCGGACUAUGUGAUUUCGAACAAGGGCCUGCGGAUCCAGACAUUUUUGCAUCCAAGGAAAAAUUCGGAAUAUCUUGUGAUGCCACUCCGAUGUCGAUCCGAAGGGGCAAUGAAGCCACAGCUCGGGAUCAUUCUUACAGACAUUGGCGCCAGUGUCUAUGUUCGAGCGGAACCUCAUAUCUUAGCCAACCUACGCCUAGAUACUCCUUCCUUGGGCGGAAACAGUAUAUUCGUAUCAAAGAAAGCUGUUGCAAGAAUUGGACCGGUGGCGGAGAAGUCUACAGCUGUCGAUAAGAUAGGCACUAUCAACUUCAAAAUCUUGGACAGAAACAAGCACGUCGCUUCGGCAACGCUACUAGAGGCGGAGCCGAAGGAACUGUGGUAUGCGCGAAAUCAAGUAUUCGUUACGCGCGGACUUCGAAGUUUCACUGGAUUUCUCAGAUAUCAGAUUCUUACGCAGACGAAUGUUAUGGGGACAGUUGUGGUCGCGUGCGGGUUCACCGAGAGAGGCGUCGCAUGGGUGGCCUUCGAGGAUAAUCAAGGCGAUAUGAUUGAUGCUUCUCUCAAAAAGGACCUAUUUAAGAUAGCCGAGAUUGGUCCUCGGACAGGUAGCUUGAAGAACCGGAAACAUGACUUGACUUUUGGGAGAAAGCAAUUACAAUUUGGCUGGGUUAAGAUCAAUUGUGAGGUACAGGCUAACGACGGUGAGCUUGCUCUGAAUCUGACUACAUCGACUUCAAGGGCAUGCGACUGCUUCACAGCAACAAUAACUUCUUCACUAACAGGUUGCGGUGUUCCACAACCAUGCCAACCGUGUAUAAAAGUAGAAACAACUGUCAUCCCCGGUCACAACAGCCGCUGCUCAGAAACCCCGACAAUUACAUCCUAUAUACCUUGCAGCACACAGUGUCCUAAAGGCUGUCCCACUUCUAUCUACACCUCUACAGCCCGCUACACAUGUGCUCGGCCCACCCCAAGUCUAUCUUUGACAUCUACCUUGUCUGCGGCCUCUAACUCACCCACGCCAAUCCCAAGUUCGGUCACAUCUUCGGCCAUCGGAAAAGAGGGUGACGCAUGUGGUCGCUUCAGGAUACCUCGCGAUCCCCUGUGCGGCGCCGGAUUAACAUGCGUACUCGACGAUCCACGAGUCCCAGAUAAAGGCGGCAUCUGCCUACCGAGCUCGGUGACGGUAUCGCAUACCCCAACCCCCAAACCGACCUUGAUAAUUGGUAAGGAAGGCGACAAAUGUGGUGCCUUUGUACCGAUCGGAAACCCGGCUGGCGCUAUCUGCGAUACGGGCCUCCGGUGUGUUUUGACGGACCCUCAGAUCCCCGAUUUAGGUGGCAUCUGCAGGAAAGCAACAUCACAGUCGCCCCCUACAACAACAAGCUGGAUGACUAUAACCUCGUUGACAUCAUCUGAGCCAGCCGGUCCAAUUACGAAAAGUACCCGGCCCUGCCCAACGAAGACUGUGACGUCCCCAGAUCACUGCCCGGAGGAUUUGCUUGGAUGCCCGUACGACUGCAUUGCUUUGAGCACGACGACAGUGCCUCCGACGUCGAUCAUAGGUUGUCCAACUACGACACCAACAAAUACUAUCACUAUGUCUAGAUUCUGCAGGUAUACUUGCUAUGGCGCUUGUAGCACAAGCUGGAUUACAAGUACAGCCACGAGCUGGUAGUGUGAACGUCUCUGCCGGUAGUGGCGCUCGGUUGUGUAAUUCUGUGGCGAAAUUUUGAUAGUUACUUGACGGCGUGGAAGCGUCGCGAUAAAUUGAUACAGCUUGAAAGUGACAGUCAAAGCAUCCCACCCGAAGUAUUUUACCAGCUUUUUUGUUAGGAUGCUAUGAGUGGCAUUUGGGGAUUAUUUGCCCUUUCUCGACUCCAAGUGUCUAGCGCAUCCCAGUCAAUGCAUUGUUGCCGUGAAGUUGAGCUUGAGUCCAGAAACUUCGAGUCUUUAUCCUCUGGCCG